UUUCCAGUUAAACGUGAAUAUUUUCAUCUAUCUUUCUUAUAUUAUUUUACAAAAAAUGCCCUUGUAUUUCUUUAUAUAUCUUGCAUUAUUUAUUCUCCCCUCCUUUUUACAUCAUGGAUUAGAAAGUGUAAGAUAUUGUAAAGAUAUUGUUUCAGUUAUGUGCACUUUUAUAAAUGAAAAAAGUGCAGCUAAAGCGAGUAAAUUCACAAUGGCCACAUGUGCUUACGUACACGUAUAAAGUAAUAAAACUCGCAUACAUGCUCAUGUAUAUAUAUUACGCACAUAAGCAAGGAUCAUUCGAUCAUUGUCGAUUAGAGAUACUCGAAAAGAGAUACAUAUGUUUAUCACUGCUGAUAAAUUUAGUAUCGGAAAUAGAAGACAGCAUAAUGUUAACAUCCGUACCUGUGACACCAUCUACUUCUGUAGGCAGUUCUGGCCUACCAAGUCCAACCGCUGACACGUUUGAUGACAGUUCAAAUAAAAUAACAGUAUAUUUACAUCAACUUGCUGGAAAUUGUGAGAUGGACAUUGACGUAAUAUUCAAAGAUCAUUGUUAUACUCGACCUUGGAACUGGAAGCCAGAAAACAAUUAUGUCAAGCCUGUAAAAAAGUUAUUUUUUUCAAAAAAUACUCCAACAAAAAAGGAUGAAGAAAUUGAUGUGGAAGAUAUUGGCAGCGAACCAUCGAUACCACUUUUUGAUUUAAAUAGAACUCGACAUCUCAUGGACGAAUUUCAACGUUUAGCAAGUUUUGCACGACCUGAGAAGGAGGAGGAUUGGGAGGAGAAUAUAAAUAAAACCUUAUGGUCUUCAGUUCAAAAUCGGAUAUUCAGCAAAGUGACUCGGAUAUUGAGUUCAGAAAGACUCGCGAGAUUGGCCAAGGCUAAGAGUACAAUGGAACCCAUCUUCCGAAGAACAUCCAUCGAUAUCGCGGCAAGACGAUUUCGGGAAAUGUUAGCAUCGACUGGAUGGGAUUGGAGAUUAGCUCAAUGGCUGCACAAUUUAUUGUUUGAGCAUCUCCCUCAAGAAUACUUGGCAAUCUAUCUCGAUAUCUUACAGACCUUGAGAUCAAAAAUUCCUCAGCUAAUCGAUAAAAUGAUUGCCGUACAACCGAAUAUUAAUGCUAGGGGAGGUUCUAUUACAUGGGAAACACUCGGAUCGCUCUUGAAACGAUCUUGGGAUCCAGUUGCGCCGAGUUUGAACGGAAAUCGACUGAAGAAACUGCCUGGAAAUCCGAUUUUGAUAAUAGUACCCUCUGGUAUCACAUCGAUGGUUUCUUCUCGUCAACAUAAAUGGAUCACGCAGUUAGGAUCGUUAGGCACGGUUGCUACUGUUCAUACUCAAAUGGGAUUGGCAGCUAACAGAAUGACCAUGAUGGUAUGCAUUGAUCAAUUAGUUCAAGCUACGAGAGCCAAGAUACAAGAUGUUAGGAGCGAUUGUCCUGGUAGAUCCAUCAUCCUCGUAGGUUUCAAUACUGGUGCAGCACUUGCUUGUCAGAUUGCCCAAAUGGAACAUGUAACCGCUGUUAUCUGUAUCGGAUUUCCUUUCGCGACGGUCGAAGGAAAACGUGGUACACCCGACGACAUGUUGAUGGAUAUUCGCUGCCCUAUUAUGUUUAUUAUCGGACAAAACGCCACUCUCGUUAGACCAGAUGAUUUAGAGCAUCUCCGGGAAAAGAUGCUCGUGGAGACGAGUCUAGUGAUCGUAGGUACGGCCGACGAUUAUCUCAGAAUAUCUACGUCCAAGAAAGUACUAGAGGGUAUCACACAGAGCAUGGUGGAUAGAUGUAUAUUGGACGAAAUUGGCGACUUUAUCGGUAGCAUUCUACUGCAACCGCAACCGUUGCGAUCCGCGAUGCCAACUGUUUGCGAGAACAAGAAUAAAAAAGAAUCUCAUAAACGAAGAAACUCGACGAGUAGUUCCAUGGAAAGCGAACCUAAUUCGCCAACCGUGAAAAAAUCCCGGCCAAACACACCGGUAUCCUCUGUGCCAUCAGCUGCGACAAACACGACGACAAAUUCGCCUUCCAAAAUUGGUACCUUCAGUACUCAGUCUAACCUUGUGCAGGUGAGUGGACAACACGCAAAUCAUAUCUCCACUUUGAAACGGAAGCGACCUACGAUCAAUCAGAAAAAUCAAUUAGCAGAACAUCCGAAGACUUCUAAGCUUCCUGCUGGACAGACAAAUAUUAACGCAGAAAAUGGCAUAACGCUCAAUAUAGGUACGCUAGCAAGUUUAGCACCGAUAGGACCGAUACGUUUAGCACCUACUACGGUGAAUCAAUCUGCGACCACUCCUUCCAAAACAACUAACAUGUCCAAAACUGCAACUGCGACCGCGACUAUCAAAGUACCGAAGAUCAUUUCGAAUGUGCCACUACAGAAUGUUACGAAGAUGAAAAUAGCGUCUGCUAACAAAUCUUAUUCGAAUGUAAUGUCGAAUAAUUAUAGACAAGUCAACGUAGCUGACAAGAGUGGGGACGCGAAAUUAGUGAACGUUUUUACUGCAGGAAAUCAAAUUAGAGUUAAUACAGCUACCGCAGCGGGAAGUAGUAAACCUGCCUGUGCGACAACUGGCACAUUGUCAAAUCUUUUACAAAGUGGAAAGAGUUCGAUUGCGCUCACGAGUGGUACAUCUUCCACCCGUGUAUCAUCGGCUUCCAGUAUUCUACUAACGACUACCAAUUCAUUGGCGAGUAGCAUAACAUCCUCCACAACGACUCCUGCAAAAGCGAUGGAGGAAAUGGGAAUGAGCAGUGAAUCUCACUUAUUGGAGAUGUCCAAGUCGACACAUUUACCACGACAAGGAGGCUCAUCCAACAAUACUGACAAUUCCCAUAAUACAUCGUGCGGUAACAUAGUCAUUGUCGAGAAUUCCCUUCACAACAGAAGCGCGUCCUCAUCAGUAAUAGUUCCGUUUAACAGCCAAAACUCUGGAAACAUUUUGCCUUUGUCCAACAAAUUGAAGCUCUCUCACAAGUCGAUGAAGACGAUGCCGAAGAUCACGGUCAAUGCCAACAAUUUACAAAGACUGCAAAAAGGGAAAGUCGUUCAAAAUAUUCAAAAGAAAAAUAUUGUUACAAACGAUAUUGAUGAUGAUCUGGGAAAUAUACUGGAUAUACCGAUAAUAUUCGCCAAAGAUGAUGAUAAUUUAAAUAACAUCGACAAAAUACCGAUAGUAACGCAAGCAACAUCGAUUAAGGAACCUCAGGAGAGACCCAAAUUAAGCAGCACCACUAAAGUAGUUUUAAUUAGCAAUAAGCAAGAUAAGCAAACGCCAAAUAAACCUGUUAUAUGUCCCAAUAUGCAAAAUUUAAAUCAGCUGAUAUUGCAAACGCGAUCUCAGAAUAGUGGCGUCUCAACGAAGAACAGAGUACCGAUAGAAAAUCGACUAAUACAACCCGCUGUAAAAUAUACCAAGAUCAUUCUGGCGAAGAGAAGCUCUCAACCUGCUCAACAGAACGAGAAAAGUGAACAACAGAUGGUUGUAACAACAAAGAUUACGGAAAACGUUAAUACACCUAAAAUUCUGACUUUCGAGAAAGACGAGCAUAAAUAUGUGCAAGCACAAUCUUCCAAAGCAUCGAUAAAUUAUGAUGAUUCUUUAAUGGAUAACGUACUCGAAAUCGAGGACGCUAUUAAGACUAAUAUCAUCGAACGUAAAUACGUGUCCACGAUUGAUAUGAUGUCAUCUGCAAAUCUCGACGAUGACAACUGCAAUAUUUUAGACGACACGAAGCUGGAGCACGAUAAAAAAUACAACUCAGAACAGUCCAUUUUUGAUAACAAUGAAAUACAAUAAAAUACAUAAUUGUUUCAUAAGAUAUGUGACGUAAGUUCUUGAUGAUAUAUUGUGCAAUUUGCGAGAAAACGUAUAA